AUAAUAGGUCUAUACACUACUGUUUAAAAGUUUGGGGUUGGUAAGUCUCUAAUGCUCACCAAGGCUGCAUUUAUUUAAUUAAACACACAGUAAAAAAGUAAUAUAAGGAAAUAUUAUUGUGAUUUAAAAUAAUUUUCUAUUUCAAUAUAUGAUUUAAAAUUUGAUGUAUUCCAGUGAUGACAAAGCUGAAUUUUCAGCAGCCAUUACUCCAGUCUUCACUACCAAUAUAAUUCAUAUUUACUUACUUUAAUUAGCUUUAUUCAUUUAAGGUUAUGUUAUUCUCAAUGGAUAUCUCACAUUCUUUAAUAACCUUUACAGAAAUAAUUUGAAAUGAGGUCCAAUUGCCUUAAUAUACAAACAAACAUCAAGCUCUAUGGUGAAUUCUGUGUGUUGGCAUGUGCUGUGUCUCAUUGACUGUUUUCUUUCAGAUGAAGAGUCGCUUGAAAUCGACUGGCUUUGGAAUCACAUCAAGUUCAGCCUUUUUCCAGGACGCUAACAAACUGCUUCUAAACGAACAGGCUAACUGGGUGCAUCUAAAGGAGUUUGCCCGGAAAAAUGCUGCCAACUCUCUUUCUGUUGCCAACAUGCUCAUGGGCAUGGCCUCAAUCCUCUGCAGUCUCAACGGCCAUCACCAUGCGGCCUGCUGGCUGGUUCUGAUCGGUUACCUGCUGGAUUUAGCAGAUGGAGCGGUUGCUAGGCAACUGAAUGCUUGUUCUGCACUGGGUGCAAAGUUGGAUGAUUUUGCUGAUUUCACAACUUUUGGAAUAGCAACAUCUCUCAUCUUAAGGACACCCAGUCUACUGGAUAACAUCCUGUGCAUGUUGUAUGUGCUGUCUGUCUUUACUCGUCUCUGCUUCUUCUCUAGUGGAAUCCCGUUCAUGUACCGUGGCCUACCAUGCAUCUACUCCUCUGCCAUCCUAGUGUGUGUUUCUCUGCUGACUGGAGGAAAUAUGGCAGUACUGAGAAUCUUAGCAGUGGCCAUGAUUAUCUUCAUGGUCAGUCAGACCUUCUACCCUCAUGACAGAGUACUGGAGUCUCAGGCCUGGAAGAAGGUGGUCUACAUUGGCGGAAUUGCCAUGGUGUUUUGCCCCUCCUUCCCUCCAGCUUGUGUUUACUACUUGUUAUGGUCAGUUUCCUACAUACUGUUUCCAACAACCCUUUGGAGCUGCAAAGUGUAAAGGGGUAAUGGCCUAUGAGGCUCAUUCGACAGAGAACCCCUGAAAAAUCAAACCAAUUUAGAAAAUCAGAAAAAUCACUUUUUGUUUUGAGGUGAUGAGCUUCAUGAAAUCUACAUGAUCUACAAUAGGAGGCCUACAGUACGGACAUUUUGAUUGCUGCUGUUGUUUCAUCGCUAAGGAUGAGAAAUGCUCUUUGCCUCUGCUUCACACAUAUUGUCAUGUGUUUGAAGGUCAUGUUGACACAGACACAGUAGAUGGUCUCUAAUACACUAUGUGUGGUGUUUGUUGCACAGUUCAGCCUGACUGAUUUGAAUCUGAAAAGGCAAGAAGCAGAGUAGAGAUUGUCAAAUUUGCUGUGGAAUUUAUACUUGUAGAAUUAUGCUUAUUAUUAUUUUAUUUUUUUUAAUUGUGGUUAUUGUUUAAGAGACUGAUCCGAAAAAGACAACUCAACUCUUAAUCAUAAUCAUAUUUUUUGCUUUCUUUAUUCUGAUUACAUUCCCCCUUUUUAAAUAAAUACCAUAAGGGAAUUUUAUGCAUAUGAUCUGUGUCAUUUCAUGUAAAAAUAAAAUAAAACAGAAAACACUACAGUAUGAAUAAGGUAGUGGCUCAUGUAGUUUAUCUGGUGCCUGGUUCAUGUGUGACUUUGAUCAACACUUUAUGUCCCAUAUAAUAUUAGCUAGGCCUUUUAAAACAAAUUCCUCAAAUAUGAAGAAUGUGGCAGUUGGUUUAAUCUUGAUAAAUGAGUUUUAUCUGUAUCAGUUGGCCUCUGUUUUAAGGGGUCCUGCUUUCUGACUCAGUAAUCAGUAAUUACUUGUUUAGCAAGUGAUCUUCCAUUGGAUUUGCUAUGUUCUGUUCACAGGUUCAAUGAGAGAUUAUUACCCUGCAACAUAACAGUAUUGAGGCAUUAUUUUGUGUUUUGUGCACCACUUGUGGUUACUUUUUAUUAAAAUUUAGUUGGUGUUAAAAAGAAAA